GGAGAGUUCAACUUAGGCUGCUGCUUUCAUGGCUUCGUGUUGCUAUCCUGAUGUUCUUGCUUGGAUUCAGAACCUUCCACCAAUCACUCGAUGGAAAGAAAAAAAUCCCCCGUCCAUAUGCAUAUGUUCUUCCGGCUCUUUCCAGCUAUCCCUCAAUCUUUCUGUGGCCAAAAACCUACAAUCCCCAACUAUUUCCUUCUCUAUCAUUGCAGAUCUCAAUCUCCCUAUAUCUCUUUGGUCCUCAAAACCAAUCAAAACCAACCCCAAAUCAUUGAAGUUAUUAGAUGAUGAAACAAUUUCUAGUCUCUCAAUCAAUCUUAUUGAAGAUGUCCUUGGUUAUGCCUCAGACAAGUCAUGUAGCUCCUCCACCAAAGUUCUCAAAACGGAUUCCGUACUUUCCCACUUAAAAGAUACGUUCAACCUUGCAUUUCUAACACUCUCCCUCCUCAUUUGCAUCUACGAAGCUCCUGCAGAUCUACGCUCUGAAUGUCUUGCUAGUCUCAAGAAUCAAUUGACUGAUAGCCAGUUGCGGGAAGCAUCAAAGUUACUCAUGAAAAUCAUGGGAUCCAAUCUAGAAGAGCAGUGGAUGAGGUCCAUAAAUCUUGCAAUCACAAACUGGAUUGCAGAGCUCCAAGCUUCCCACCACACUCUCAAAACUCCAUCACCACUCUUUUCUUACUCAUUUUCAACACCAGGAUUAUGGAAAGUUCAAUUAUAUUGUCCUGUCAUAGCCAUGGAUAUCGAAAGUUCAAGCAAUCCUCCAGCUCACGAGAGGCUUCUCUUCUCCCUGAAAUACCACCAACUUGAAUGUGUCAUCCAGUUUAACUACAAAGUCAUCGUUCAAGAAAAUUGGGUGGAUGUGAUUGUAAACACGGAUAACAUAAGGUGUGAUGUAGUCCGACUAGUGAAUGAAACUCUCAUGACUGAACAAGGAGUUGGGACUGAUGAGAAGCAUUUCCCUUCGAGAAUAUCGUUGCAUCUCACUCCAAUUCUGCAAACCAACAUAAUAAGCGUUUCAGUAGGCAAGUCUUCAGCUAAUCCAACAAGAGAGAUUGAAACGGAAAAAGGUAUAGAAGCUUCUUUUGAUCCACCAAACAGUUUUCUGGGGCUGAAGGUCUCGGCAGGAGAGACAGUGUCAAUGAGCUUGAAGCCUUGGAAGUUUGAGCAAUCUGUUUAUGGUUACAGUGCAACAAUGAAUUGGUUUCUUCAUGAUAACAUGGAUGGAAGAGAGGUUUUCUCGAACAAACCUCCUAGGACGGCAUUUAUCAAACCCAAGGCAUGGUUCAAAAACCGGUACUCAAGCUCUUACCGGCCUUUCACCAGGCAAGGAGGGGUGAUCUUUGCCGGUGAUGAGUAUGGAAAGAGCGUGCAGUGGAAGGUGGACAAGAGUACCAUGGGGAAGACAAUGGAAUGGGAAAUUAAAGGGUGGAUUUGGUUAACGUAUUGGCCUAAUAAGUAUAGAACAGCGUAUAGUGAGACUAGGAGACUGCAAUUUAAGGAAAUUCUUCAUCUUAGUAUUCCACCAUCCUAAAUUAUCAGUUUCUUAACUUCUGUUCCAGCUAGAAUUAAUUAAGAAGCGUAUAUCAAUGUGUAUUUAUGAACGGACGUCGAAAUGUAAUAAAUAUCAUAAGCAAGUGCGGAUAACUUUCGAAUAGGGGAAUGAAUGCUCGAAAAAAAAUCAAAUAUAUCGACUUGAAUUGAGAUCAAUAUUGUACAGUCUCUUAUAGCUAUUAAUGA